AUGGAUUCCUUUUUCGGCUUCGAUACCAGUCUGCCGGGACGACGGGGCAGCAGCGACAACAACAACAGCGAGAGCGGCCGUAGCAGUGUGGUGGCCCAAAGCAUUGGCGAUGAGUUCGCGAACAAGCUAUGGCUGGAUCCGAGCAUCUGGGGUAGCCCGGCGAAGGUUCCGGCUCCGGUGCAGCCACCGUACAGCGAUUAUAGGCCCAGCGGUACGCCAUUUUCUGCCCUGCCACCACAGCAGAGCGCCUUUCGACCACCGGAACCGGCGCAUCCGAUCGGGGGAGGUGGCCUGCCGCCAAAACCGCCUCCCUCACUGCCACCGGGCUUGUUUCCACCCAUGAAGAUGCUGUCAGUGGAGGACAUUGAACGAACCAUCAUCCAGCAUCAGCAUCAGCAAAAUCAGCAUCAAAGUAUGCUGCAAAAGCAAAUGUCACAGCAGCAGCAGCAGCAACAACAACAACACCAACUCCAUUACCAUCACAACCAAUUUCACCAGCAGCAGCAGCAGCAGACACUGCAACCAUUCCGCACACCGGCACCGGUCCCGGCCCAACCACCACCACCAGUGAAAGCUCGCGAUCAUUUCACACCCGCCAAGGAGGUAAAGAGUAUGCAGCCGCCGAUCCCGAUGAUCUCCUCGCCAGUAGCAGCACCACCGUUACGGGUACCACCGGCGCUGCUCACCCCGCCGCUUUCGCUGCUGGGCGCCCGAAACGCCGGCCCCGCUGCCCUGUUCCCGCCCGGACCGUCGCAGGAUGCUGAACAACGCGAACCGUCUUCCGCUUGGUUUGCUGCCGUACAACAUGCUAGCCGCCCGACCGUACUCGACCCCGAUCAACAACCUGGCGAUGCAUCCGGCAUUCCCGCAGCGCUGCUCGUACGGUUCCCCGCUGCAAGGGUUUCUGGGUGGCCCCGGCCCGGUACAGAUGGGUCCGCCACCGCCGCUACCUCCUCGCCAUCCGGGACCAGCGCCGGGUGGGCCGCCGCCAUUUUUGAUGCAGCGCAGCCCGACGCCCCUGCCGACGAACCAGUUCAACCAGCGGCUGGUGCAGGAAAUCGACAGCUCGCUGCGGCCAGCACGCUCAGCGUUUGCGGCAAUGGCGUGAACAAAGCAGCCCCGCUAGUAGCCCUGCCAAGGGCGGGUUUUAUGAAGCAGCAGCACCAUUUCCAGCAGCAGCAGCAGCAACGAUCCCGAGUAGGCAAUGGAAUGCCAUCGAGCACUGCAGGCGGCGGGCAGCCAGAGGAGCGCGAUGAGUACGCAAACAUGAUGAGCAAUCGCAACAAGCAGUGGCUAAUCGGGAUAAAGCUGACGCAGCUCAACUCGGACGCACCCUACUUUAACGAUUACUAUUUCACCGUGUACAAGCAGCGGCUGGCAGCGGCGAAGGGCGAGGGCGAUAAUAGGAUCUAUCGCGAAAAUCAGCUCAACCAUCCGUUCACCCAGCCGGAGGAGCAUGCCCAGCUGCUGUUACUGUCGCUGCUGUCGAAGAACGGCAAGAGCGGGCUGCUCGGCACGAACCGCGAACGUCGCAGUUCCGAAUCCCGCUCCAACCCGAACGGCGGUAGCGAGGGAAAGGAUGGCUCAGCGCCGACGGGUGGUGGUCGAGCGUAUACCCCGCUCCAAUUUCAAAAUUCGCUCGGCAAGCUGCAGUGCGGUAGUGUGAUAGCGCCGCGAAAGCUCAUCGACGCCGACGUGAUGGGCAGCGACCAGCUGAACGGAAAUGGCGUGCCGGCACUUGAACCGCCGCCCGCCGCUAUCCAGCGCAAAGCUCGCCAUGUGCUGCUGCUUAUCGAGACGCUGUACAAGUUGGUGCUCAAGCUGGAAGAUCUCGGCAAUCCCGUUGCGAUCGAAGCGAUGAAAGCGCUGCGCGAAAAGAAAAUGCGCAAGCGAACCAGCAGCACCGGCAGCGGCAGCGGUGUGGCGUGUUUGUCAGAAGCGGGCGCCAAGAUUGGCAACGCAUUGAUAAUUAAUCCGAAUUGGUAAUUUAAUGAUAGUCACGUAAGAUGAUUUAACCAACAAAUCCCGUUAAUGUCGAUACUAAGCUUCGGUUUUUUUAAAUUUAAUUUAAUUGCUCUCAAUCUGCUUUUCAAUAAGCGAAAUAUUGCGAUAUUACCAUAUACAUUUUAAUGUGAAAAUCUAGAGAAGACUAGUUUUUAGCCUAACACACACCCACACACACACAACCUCACACUUGUAAAGUGUGGCAAGGGAAGAACUGAUACUGAGUUGUCGAUGAUCAUUUAAUGUUCCUUAUUUAUUAGGCUUUGCGUAUGUAAAACACACGUGUGUGUGUAAAAGGGUAGCGUAAACUGAAUUGCGUAUACUCUGUCACACGCCGAAAUGAAUAUAUUCCAUGCUCCUCUCCAUAUAAACCCCUGUGAACCGAAUGGUAUCGUUAGAUAUUGCUUUUGCAAACCGUGUUAUAUAGUCAUUUAAGUUUGGGCACGACAUAUAAAGCCCCCCCCUCUUACCUCCCCGGUUAGGUUAUUAGGUUAUCCGCAUGUCGUGCUCGUGCUGAUAUUUAAUUUCGCCCAUAGUGUUUCGCGCAAACAGAGCACGUGCGGUUUGAAUAGGAUUGCAAAUCGAUCGAAUCGAACUCUUUAGUGUAGUGUAAGUUAGUUAACUGGCCAAGGAUGACAGACUCGAUGUGUACAAUGU